AUAUUUUCUUUCGAAGGAAUGCGGGCGGUGCAUCAUCGUCGAAACUGUAUCGUUAGUCCACCUGUUCCAAAAAACUUAGAAAUAACUGUAUAUUUAUAAGUGACUCAUGUGUAAAACAUAAAAUUUCAAGUUGAAUGUAUCGGUGAUCUAUUAACUACACUCUAGAAGCAAGUCGGACACGUUUUCCGAUCAGUGGGAAAUUGCAUCGUUUCAUCUAGAAUUUUCUCGUUCAGAAUAAUCGAGAAUAUUCCUCAGUCCAACCAAUCGGGUAAGAAGGUGGCGCAAUCGUUAUAUAAAAACCAGGAUCAACAUCAAGAGUUGUUCGCAACAAAAUGGUGAGUGAAAUUCCAAUGGAGCCCCAGGCGGAGGAUCCGAAUGUGUGUAAGGAAAAGGGAAAUGAAGAGUUCAAGAAUGGUUAUUGGCUAUCGGCAAUCGAAUGGUACACGAAGGCUAUCAAAUUGGAUGAUAAGCAUAAAGAUCUUCCAGUGUUUUAUAAAAAUCGUGCUGCUGCAUAUUUAAAGAUGGAAAAGUUUGAAAAGGCUGCUAACGAUUGUACCAAAUCGCUAGAGACCAGUCCGAAUGACCCAAAGGCACUUUUCCGACGAUUCCAAGCUUACGAAGCCCUGGAACGUUUCGAGGAGGCGUACAAGGACCUGCGUACUAUUCACACCCAGGAUCCAAAUAACAAAACUAUCAAACCUCAUCUGGAGCGAUUGCACGCGAUUGUUCAAGAAAGAGCCCGUGAAAGGGCACAAACUUCCAAUAAAGUAGCACAAAUGUUCAAAAUUGCGUUUGAAAUUUCGGAAACCAAGGAAAAAAGGGAACAGGCCAUGAACAAUAUUGUUGUAUUAGCUCGUCAAUCAGCAGGUGCAGAAAUAAUGCUCAAAGAAGGUUUGGUGGCCAAAAUCGGAAAGCUACUUAAAGUGGAGAAAAAUAACGACAUCAUUACUAAUGCCAUUCGAGCCAUCGAUGAAGUUUGCGUUAAAAGCCCCGAUCGUACGAAAAUGGUUAUUCAGGAACUCGGCAUACCAUGGUUCCUUCAAAUUUUGGAUAGCAACAUCGAGGAUCGGGUAGCAGCCUCACAGCACUGUAUGCAGACGGUUUUGAACUCUCUUACCGGAAUGGAAAACAAAGAUGAAUCAAAACCGGACAAGGACCUUGUAGAAGCCAACAAAAAUCUGAUUGAUACUCUGUUGAGCUGUUUGGUAUAUUCUGUAACAGAUCGGCUUAUCACUGGUGAAGCACGAGACGCUAUCAUGGAAUUGAUUAUCCGAAAUGUUCACUACAAAACCAUCGAUUGGGCUGAGCGGCUGGUCGAAAUGAAAGGAUUACUGCGGUUGAUGGAAGUUUGUUCGGAACUAGAGGAGUAUAAAUAUGAAAGUGCAAUGAAUAUCACGCCAUCUUCCAGAACCAUUGCUUCCGUUUGCUUGGCUCGAAUCUACGAGAACAUGUACUACGAGGAAGCUCGUCAAAGGUUCACCGAACAGAUCACCGACUUUGUCAAGGAUAAAUUGUUGACUCCAGACCACGAGUCGAAGGUUCGUGUGACAGUAGCUAUGACCUCUCUCCUUACGGGUCCUCUGGACGUUGGAAAUGCCGUUAUAGGACGAGAAGGCAUCAUGCAAAUGAUUUUGGCCAUGGCACAGUCCGAUAACUUACUUGAACAAAAGGUUUCCUGUGAGUGCAUCAUAGCGGCCACAUCCAAAAAAGACAAAGCAAAGGGUAUGGCCCAGAGCGGAGCAGAGAUAUUGAAGAAACUGUAUGCCUCCAAAAACGAAGAGAUUCGGGUGAGAGCUCUGGUGGGUCUAUGUAAAAUGGGAAGUUCAGGCGGUUUGGAUGCCUCGAUUCGACCGUUUGCCGAUGGUUCAACGAAGAAGUUGGCUGAGGCGUGUCGUCGAUUUUUGAUCAAACCUGGUAAGGAUAAGGAUAUUCGCAAGUUUGCUGCAGAAGGUUUGGCCUAUUUGACUUUGGACGCAGAUGUUAAAGAAAAGCUAGUGGAAGAUCGUGCCGCCAUCCAGGGACUGAUUGAGCUUGCUAAAACGGGAGAUCAAUCCGUUAUCUACGGUGUCGUUACAACUCUGGUCAAUUUGGUGAAUGCGUAUGAAAAACAGGAAAUACUGCCUGAAAUGAAGAAAUUGGCACAAUUUGCCAAGCAUCAUAUUCCUGAGGAGCAUGAGUUGGAUGAUCCUGAUUUUAUAAGUUCUCGUAUUAUAAUUCUAGCCAACGAGGGUGUAACUUCUGGUUUGGUUGCACUGUGUAAAACGGAAAGCGAAGGUAGCCGUGAGAUGAUUUCGCGGGUAUUUAAUGCUCUCUGUAGUGAACAGGAGGUUCGAGGAAAAGUUGUUCAACAAGGAGGUGCCAAAGUGCUCAUACCAUUAGCAUUAAAAGGUACAGCUGUCGGAAAACGUCACGCAGCUCAGGCUCUCUCACGGAUCGGUAUUACAAUCAAUCCAGAAGUUGCAUUCCCGGGACAGCGAAACCUGGAAGUGAUCAGGCCGUUGGUGAAUCAGCUCCAUCCCGAAUGUAAUGCAUUGGAAAAUUUUGAAGCACUCAUGGCGCUUUGCAAUCUAGCAUCUAUGAAUGAAUCCACACGUCAACGUAUCAUCAAAGAACAGGGUAUCAGUAAAAUAGAAGCAUACAUGGCAGAAGAUCAUCUGAUGCUUCAAAGGGCUGCUACGCAAUGCAUGUGCAACAUGGUUCAGGCUCCUGAUGUCGUUAAAAUGCACGAAAAAGAAAACGAUCGAGUUAAGUUCUUAGCUCUGCUGACACAGGAGGAAGACGAAGACACAGCAUUGGCAGCCACUGGUGCUCUGGCCUAUUUGACAGCAGUAAGUGAAAAAUGCUGCGAAAAAAUGUUUUCCCCAGCUGCAUGGCUGGACAUUUUCCACACCAUGGUUGCCAAUCCAAGUCCCGAAGUGCAGUAUCGAGGACUUAUUAUCAUUCUCAACGUAAUCAAGACCAGCAAAACUCUUGCCGAAAAGCUGUUUGAUACCGACAUGCUCCAACUGCUGUUCGGUGUUACGCAGCUGAACGAUGAAAAGCGAGCUAAAGCUAUUGAAACAGCCGAAAAGUGUUUGAAGGUUGCUGAGGAGUAUCGUGUGAUUGAAGAAAAUAAGGACGCCGAUAUGGCGCCUGACGUUUUCAAGAAGGAUCAGGAAGCACGCAUCGAGGAAAUAGACGAAUGAACAAAGUAGGCAACCGUACUUGAAAGUAUAUUAGGAAUGUUACGAUACUUUUAAAAUAUUGACUUUUGUAAGAAUUUGUUUAGAUAUAGGGGAGAUGAGGGCAUAAUGGGCACCUUAAGGAAAAUGCUUAUUUAACCAUAGAGAACAGCUGUAAUAUGUGAAUUACAUCAUUGUUUCGUGUUCCGACACUCAAAUAGUCUAUUGUCUAAUUGAAUGAAACUUGAAAAAGUAGAUAAAAACGUUUAAAAAUGCAUUUUAAAAAAUUUUGCCGAAAGCUGAAAACCAGUCACUGUAGAGGCAUAAUGAGAAACCCCCCGAGGCAGUAUGAGCACCAUUAAUGAAGGCAUAAUGAGCAUUUUCUGCCGGGGAAUCUAGCAGCGAAUUCGACUCGAUGAAGGCAAUUGAGUAAUAGAGCUACAGCUCAACUUGUAUCGUCUGACGAUUUGGCCUAUUGGUUAGAUGUCGGAGAGAUAAUCAGUAGGCUCGAGUUCGAUUCCUGGUGGAGGUGAUUUUUUUUUUCUUCAUUUAUCAUUUAUGAUCAUGAUUGCACUAAACGAUGAGGCGUAGAUUCAUCAAACAAAGCAAAAACAAAAUAAUCUAGGUCUGUUUGUAGAAUUCAAAGAAUUAACACAUGUUCAUACAUUAUGUUUCUGGUGUUUUGUUUGAGGGUGAUGCUUUGAUGCUAUUAGCCGUAUAAUGUAACAAUAAAAAAAAUCAAUCAUGAAUGGUAUGUGCAAAAAAAAAUCCCCUCGGACAGGAAUCGAACUCGAGUCUACUGAUUACCUCUCCGACAUCUAACCAAUAGGCCAAAUCGUCAGACGAUACAAGUUAAGCUGUAGCUCUAUUAUUCAGUUGACUUCAUCGAGUUGAAUUCGCUGCUAGAUUCUCCGGCAGAAAAUGCUCAAUAUGCCUUCAUUGAAAGUGCUCUGUUCGCCUCUAGUGAACAAAUUAAAGUAAAAACGCGUUUUAAAAUUGAUUAAAGUGAAAAAUCAAAAAUUUUAUGAUGCUGAAAAUUUAGAAACAAUGUGUAGAUCAUGUUGCAGUGCAUACAUUUCAGAUCAAGAUGAUUUAAAGGUCAUAAAAGCUUAUUUGGUGGUGCUCAAAAAUUAUAAUAUUUUCGUCACUUGAGAACCUAGCUGGUUAUUAUUCAAUAUUUCUGUAAAUAUGAAAAGGAUAUUUCUUUUUUGGUGAAAAAUUAAUACUAUAGGUAGUACGAAACAAGUCCUCAUGAAAAUUUGUUUAAGAAAAUACGUACUUAUGUAGAAAAAUGGACUUCUCAUUAUGCCUCGGGUGCUCAUUAUGCCCUCAUCUCCCCUACGAUUAUAUCGCUUCAAUUGAAAUAAAUUUAUUUCUAGUUUAAUAAA